CAAUACCUGGUCUAGCCGGUCUCUGAAUCCUUGAACAAGACUGUCCCAGAUAUCUGCGCAUAACUCAAACACAAUGGUCUCCGCACCUCAAAACAAGAUCAAAGUCGGUGUACUUGGAGCUACCGGCACCGUCGGACAGAGGUUCAUCGAGCUCCUUGCCCCUCACCCAUAUUUUGAGCUGCAUGUCCUCGCCGCCUCCUCGCGGUCCGCCGGACAGGAAUACGCCAAGAUUGUGAAAUGGAAACUCAACACUCCCAUCCCUGAAAAGGUCAAGAAGAUGGUCGUUCAGGAGUGCAGCAAGGAUGCACCGGGAAUGAAGGAUUGUGGUGUCGUUUUCAGUGGGCUGGAUCAUGACGUAGCUGGUGAUAUCGAGGCAUCUCUUCGACAAGCCGAGCUCGUCGUCUUCUCAAACGCCAAAAACUACCGACGAGAUCCCAUCGUCCCUCUUGUCGUUCCGCUCGUCAACCCUUCGCACUUUUCCGUCAUCGAGCACCAACGUGCCAGCCUCGGUCUGCAAAAGGGUUACAUCGUCUGCAACGCCAACUGCUCGACCACUGGAGUUGUCGUCGCUCUGAAAGCCCUGGAGGACAGGUUCGGACCCUUGGAGACCAUCAUGUGCACCACGAUGCAGGCCAUCUCGGGCGCGGGAUACCCGGGAGUCUCCUCGUUGGACAUCCUGGACAAUGUCGUCCCUCACAUCGGAGGCGAGGAGGAAAAGAUCGAAUGGGAAACUGCCAAGAUCUUGGGGGGCGUCAACGAGGACCAAAAGGGUUUCGACUACCACGCUUCGCACCCGCUCAAGAUCUCGGCAAACUGCAACCGUGUCCCCGUCAUCGACGGCCACCUCGCCUGCGUCUCUGUCAAGUUUUCCAAGCAGCCUGCACCUUCCGUCGAAGAGGUCCAAAAGGCCUUCCGGGAAUUCACCUGCGAAGCUCAGACCUUGGGCAAGGAUGUCUGCCCCUCGGCACCCGAACGAGCUAUCGUCUACCACGAUGCUCCGGACAGGCCUCAGCCUCGUUUGGACCGUGACCUGGAGAACGGCGCUUGUGUGAGCGUAGGAAGGCUAAGAGAGUGCAACGUCCUGGAUGUCAAGUUUGUGACCCUCCUAGACAACGUCAGGCUGGGAGCUGCCACCAGUAGCGUCAUCAACGCCGAGAUUGCGGUUGCCAAGGGGCUCAUUGUAUAAAGAAGCGAAGCAUCUAAUAGCACGUAAAUUUUCCGUUGUAGAUGCGAUUCAAAUGUGAGCGGGGAACAACAGCAUCAUUACAUCAGUACAUCAUUGCGUCACUUCGA